UCCAGUGCACAAAUGAGAUGAAUGUGAACAUCCCCCAACUGGCAGACAGUUUGUUUGAAAGAACUACCAACAGUAGCUGGGUAGUGGUCUUCAAAUCUCUCAUCACAACCCAUCAUCUAAUGGUGUAUGGAAAUGAGCGUUUUAUCCAGUAUCUGGCGUCCAGAAACACGUUGUUUAAUCUGAGCAAUUUCCUAGACAAGAGUGGAUUGCAAGGUUAUAACAUGUCAACGUUUAUCAGACGGUAUAGUAGGUAUCUGAAUGAAAAGGCAGUUUCCUAUAGACAAGUGGCUUUUGACUUCACAAAAGUAAAAAGAGGGGCUGAUGGGGUGAUGAGAACAAUGAGCACAGAAAAACUCCUAAAAACUGUACCAAUUAUACAGAAUCAAAUGGAUGCACUUCUUGACUUCAAUGUCAAUAGCAAUGAGCUUACAAACGGUGUAAUUAAUGCUGCCUUCAUGCUCCUCUUCAAAGAUGCCAUUAGACUGUUUGCGGCAUAUAACGAAGGGAUUAUUAACCUCUUAGAAAAAUACUUUGAUAUGAAAAAGAACCAGUGCAAAGAAGGCCUUGAUAUAUAUAAGAAGUUCCUCACUAGAAUGACACGGAUCUCAGAGUUCCUUAAAGUUGCAGAGCAAGUUGGAAUUGACAGAGGAGACAUACCAGAUCUCUCACAGGCACCAAGUAGCCUUCUUGAUGCUUUGGAACAACAUUUAGCUUCUCUAGAAGGGAAGAAAAUCAAAGAUUGCACGGCUGCAAUCAGGGCUAUCACCCUUUUCGAUGCAGUCUCUUCCCUUGCAAGCACUGACCUGUCCCUUACAAAAGUAGAUGAAAGGGAAAAACAAGCUGCAUUAGAGGAAGAACAGGCUCGCUUAAAAGCUUUAAAGGAGCAACGUCUAAAAGAACUUGCAAAGAAACCUCAUACCUCUUUAACAACUGCAGCUUCUCCUGUGUCGACUGCAGCAGGAAGCAUAAUGACUACACCAGCCAUUGAUGUUUUUUCUACCCCUAGCUCUUCAAACAGCACUUCAAAGCUGCCAAAUGAUCUGCUUGAUUUGCAGCCAACUUUUCAUCCGUCUGUACAUCCUAUAUCUGCUGCUCCACAAGUAGGAACUACCUGGGGAGAUCCUUUUUCUGCUACUGUUGAUAGUGUUGAUGAUGCCAUUCCAAACCUAAAUCCUUUCCUUACAAAAACUAACGAUGCUGCUCAUCUGUCUGUGUCUUCUGAGGUAUCUACUUUCACCAGUAGGACACCCACACAUGAAAUGUUUGUUGGGUUCGCUCCAUCUCCUGUUGCUCAACCACAGCCAUCAGCUGGCCUUAAUGUUGACUUCGAGUCUGUGUUUGGAAACAAAUCUUCUAACGUUGUCCUAGAUUCUGGUGGCUUUGAUGAACUAGGUGGUCUCCUAAAACCAACAGUGGCCUCUCAAAACCAGAGUCUUCCAGUUGCCAAAGUACCACCAAACAAAUUAGUGUCAGAUGAUCUGGAUUCAUCUUUAGCCAAUCUUGUAGGCAAUUUGGGCAUUGGGAAUGGAACUACUAAAAAUGAUGUAAACUGGACUCAGCCAGGUGAGAAGAAACUAACAGGAGGUUCCAACUGGCAACCCAAGAUUGCACCUACAACCGCGUGGAAUGCUCCGACGCUGGCACCACCUGUCAUGGCGUAUCCUGCCACAACGCCAACGGGAAUGAUGGGCUACGGGAUGCCAUCGCAGAUGGGAGGCAUACCAGUAAUGACACAGCCAACUUUAAUAUACAGUCAGCCAGUCAUGAGACCACCAAACCCCUUUGGCCCUGUCCCAGGAGCACAGAUCCAGUUUAUGUAACUGUGUUAGACGGAAGAGAAAGGAACGUUUCCAAAAAGAUGUGCUCACCAGUAAACCCCCACUUCCAGGAAAAACAGUGAACUUCAGUCUCUCCAACUCUCCUCCUCCAUUCAGUGACACAGUGAAAUGAUGAAGAGCAAUGAAGGAACCUGGGACGACUCCGUAAGGAAUCAUCACUCUACAGAGCCAAGAACUGCCAUCAGUUCAGCCUUCAGAGCUGGUUUUUGUCCUGGUGACUGACACCUCAGUACUCCCGGUUUCCAAUAGCAUCCGUAAUCG